AAUACAUAAGUAGGAGUUUUAUUUUAACACAAGGUCCGUUAGUUAUUCGUCAGUGGUUUAUAAACAGGAAAAAAUUGCAGUGUCUAAAACGUUUUGGAUGGAGUGUUUGACAUUUCUUGGAGUGUAAUAAUAGUUUAUACUCUCGAUUUUCACAUUUAAAUCACAUGGACUGGGUAGAAAAUAUUCAUAUCAUUAUCAACUGGUUUUACCUGCUUUAAGAUUCAUUCAGCUCAUAUUAUCGAUCAUGGCUACAACAGCUUCAACUCUCCGAACAACCAAAAUCGAAACCACAAGGGCGUCAACUACAACAACAACAGAAAAUGCAACGACGACCUCGACUGAAACUCCAACGACGACAACAAUUUCGCCUACAACAGAAGCCACAACACCUCCAACCACGAGCGUCCAAACCACUGGUACCACUGUCACUUCGACAACCCCUGGGACCAGUGUUCAUUUUGGUGUUAUAGCUGGUGCAGUUGUUGGAGCUGUAAUUGUUGUUGCUGUCAUCGCUAUAGCUGUAGUUUUCAUCCUCCGAAGGCGACUGAAAAGGAAAAGGAGCUCCAAAGAGGCUAGAUUCAUACCCGGCAGAGAACAGCUUGAACAAAUGGAUGUAGAACGCAUAAACAGAGCAUUUGAGGCUGACCUACAUUACGGAAAUGUGAAUGGUGAUGGAAAUAUAAAUCAGAAUACCGACCCAGCUAUAGGGGCUGAUGGUUACUUGAAAAAGAACCAUGGCUAUGUAAUGGAACAAUCAAAAGCCAAACAUAAGAAUAAGAAGAUUGCUAAAGAUAGAUCAUCUGUUCCGCCCCAAUCGGCCCCAUCUCCGCCGAUCGAAGCGUCUAAAACUGGAAAGUUGGGGAAGAGUUCAAGUAACGUUAGUGAUAAGAAUCAGGAUUCCGGUUACAUAGAUGGUAGAAUCGUUGGUGGUGAAGUUGACAAAGAGGCGUAUGUUAACCUAGAUGGACAAACGAAAGGUGGACCAGUCUUAGGAGUACCACCUAAAUCUAGUGCAAAUGCUAAAGAUAAUCAAUUCGGUUCAAACAGUAAAUCUAAAGAAAAUAAAGCGAAGAACAGUAAAGUUCCAAAACGCGAAAAUCUGGACAAUGCUGAGUCUGAAGAUAAAACGGCGGGUGUUCAUAAGAAUGGAUCAUCCGUUCCGCCUAGCUUGGCGCCGUCUCCGUCGAAUGCAGACGACAACAAUAGCAAGUUGGGGCAGAGUUUAGAAAAGGUUAGUGAAAAGAAGCAGGGUUCCGGUUACGUAGAUGGUAGAAUACUGGCGCCGUAUGUGAAUCUGAAUGGACAAGAAAAAGGUGGAGCAGUGUUUGGAGUUUCACCUAAACCACCUCAAAAGUUUAAGAAAGCCAAUAAUUCAAAUUCUAACAGUAAAUCUCAAGAAAAUAAAGCAAAGGAGAGUAGCGUCGAACAAAGCAAUGAGGACAAAGCCGGAUCUGAAGAUCAAAGUGUUUAUGAAAAUACAGGUUCCAGUUACGCAAAUGUUAACAAGACACCGUAUUAUAACGAAGGAAUCAUUGCGUCGUCACCAGACCAUGUUGAAGAAGCAUUUUAUGAGGAUGAAUCCUAAAAGGCAGAUCAAGCAGUGCACUGAAAAAUAAUAAUAAACCAUUCGGCAAUUUUCGGCACUAUUCGUAGUUUUCCGUGAUAUGCCGACCAGUUCCGAAGUGGUAGUGGUGAUUUCUCGAGUCUCAUAGGUGGCAGUAUGUUUUGAUAUAAUUACGUACAUAAUUAUAAGGUAUGAAAUACUGUUUCAAACCCUGCCCUAUUAACAAGUUUUUGGGAUAAAACAUAUACCUUUCGCAAAGACAGUGUUUAAGAAAUCUCUUUGAUAGCAAUCUUUAAAUGUCAAAACAAAAAGGUUUGUUUUAUCAUUUCGCACACCUGCACACACAAAACCUUUAAACGAAACCUCAAUAUUAUGGAAUCAUCUAAAAUUAUGGUAAUUAUGGGUCGGAUACCUUAAAACUAUUAAAACAGUUGAUAUUUAUGAUACAAAGCGUGCCUUACACAACAAAAAGUAUUCCUAGAAUCACAAUUAUAUACAUGUAAAUAAUCUAAAACUGAAUUAUUAUUGGCUGCGUAUUUUAAUUAUUAUGAGAUCUUCGUUUUUGAAGGAGAACCGCCUCCUUUUGUUACUUUUUCCUUAACAAGAUGAUGCUCUAUGUAGAUUAUAUGUAAGUAUCAAUGUAAGUUUCCUCUUUGAGAACACAAUUAAAGUUUUAAAAACUUUGGUAAGCUUGUGCAUUGUAGUUUUUACUGAUACAUUUGGAUAUAUUUUAUAAUAAGGCAUUCAACUCGUAUGUUUUUCAAGGAUAUUGAAGGACCUAACAUCACGUAAAUACAAGAUCCAUUCCACUAUCUCAAUCUUUUCCACUAUCUCAAUCCAUUCUACUAUCUCAAUCCAUUCCACUAUCUCGAUCCAUUCAGUUCUGCUAUCUCAAUCCAUUCCACUAUUUCAAUCCAUUCCACUUGCUCAAUCCAUUCCAUUCCACUAGCUCAAUCCAUUCCACAAGCUCAACUCAUUCCAUUCCACUAGCUCAAUCCAUUCCAAUAGCUCAUUCCAUUCCACUAGCUAAAUAUAUUCCACUAGCUCACUCCAUUCCACUAGCUCAAUCCAUUCCACUAGCUCAAUUCAUUCCACUAGCUCAAUCCAUUCCACUAGCUCAAUCCAUUCCAUUCCACUAUCUCAAUCCAUUCAAUUCCAUUCCAUUCCACUAUCUCAAUCCAUUCCACUAUCUCAUUCCAUUCCACUAGCUCCAUCCAUUCCAUUAGCUCAAUCCAUUCCACUAGCUCAAUCCAUUCCACUAUCGCAAUCAAUUCCACUAUCUCAUUCCAUUCCACUAGCUCCAUCCAUUCCACUAGCUCAAUCCAUUCCACUAUCUCAAUCCAUUCCACUAGCUCAAUCCAUUCCACUAGCUUAAUCUAUUCCACUGGCUCAAUCCAUUCCACUAUCUCCAGCUCAACUCACUUUUACAAAUUACAGGAUUACAUGAGUCAAAAUGUUUAACUUUUUUUGAAAGCACAUUCUUGAUUAACAUUCCUUUUCUUUCUAUGAAAGAUUGCCCAAAUAUUUGUAUCAACAUUUCCUUUGAGUGAAUACGCUUAAAAAAGAGUAAAACAUAAACUUUUUAAUCAUGAUAUGCGGUUAUGCGGUAAAAUGAGGUAUUUCUGAGGUAUUGGAGGCCGGUUGUCUUCAUUAAUAUUAUAAAGGUAUUACGUAAAAAACGUCAGGUUUAUAUGGAAGGGGUUAAAACAGUGGUGUAUACCUUUUAUAGCGUGUUGGUAUUCGGAACUCCUCGGCCAUUUUUCAUCGAAAACUACCUCGGAUGCAUUUGGACAGUUGCCAAUAUCUGAAAUAUUUUCAGUUUUACUUUCCAAGGUUGGUUUCUAGGGAAAAUGACCCAUGUGUUCCGAAUGAGUGUUGGAUAAUUGGUAUAUGGAUACCUUAUGAUAUAAUCCUGAAUCUUGAACCUUACAAAAACAUUGUUCACAAUCUCUAACUGAUACUACCACCUAUGAUCAGAGACGUGCCUUUCGUACAGUAUAGAAACUUAUAUUGAUCUCAAUUAUAAUUUGAACAUAUUAAGACAAUCGCUGACAUGAACUUUAAACUUAUCAAAAAGGCGGCCAUAGACUUCAUUUGCAGUGGCCUUAAAGCUAUGCUCUCACAGAUUGGCAGUUUUGGCAACUUCUUUUAUAUAUGUGUGUUCAACUGAGCCAAUUUUUAUCUUAUUGUCUGGAAAUCAGUGAUACAACACUGUUGACAAUAGACCAGGUCGCAGAUUUUAUCACAUUUUUGUGCAAAAUGUUAUAUGGCUAAAAGUGUUACUAACGCUUAAAGAAAAAUGAUUUUUUCGGAAGUUUUCCAAGCAGUUGAUAUUAUUUUCUAUUGUGAGUCAUGUAAUAUGACCGAAUUUAAUGUUUUGAUACCAACGUCAGCUGAUUCUGAGACAAGACCAAAACCAAGUCAAAACUAUCAAUCUGUGAUAAUGCAGCUUUGAAUAUGUAAAUUAAAAGUUAACAUUAAAGAAAUGAGAUAAACAAUAUAUUGAUGACAGGGUUUGAGGAUAAUUAUUUGUUUCCUUGUAUGAUAGCUGUGAAUUUCACGGAACGACAUUUUCCUUUUGAUGCUCAUUAGAUGAAAAUUACUGCAAUCUUACACUGAAAGAAACAGUUUUUUCUUUAUUUUGUGUGACUAAAAAGGAUCUUAAAUGAGUGUGCAUUUUUUUAAGAAAAGCGCGCCAAAUUUCGGGGGUGUCUUUCCGCUGGUAUUGUGUCCCAGCUCUGUGCCCGCUGGUGUUUGAUAUUGACUUUAGAACGGGCUCAAAUUGCAAAACUGUGAACAAUAUCAAAUUGAUAUUGUCAAUGUUUGUAACAGUGAAAUAUCGUUUUUAUUUCGCCGAUUGAUUUUUAUCAACCGACUUAAUGUUAUGUAAAAUAAUGUAAUUAUGUAAAGAUGUAUGCUCAAUAUAUAAGGCGUAAAAAUAACUGUUUGUUUCCACUGAUCCGAACGACCCUAUGUUUUCCUCCCGGCAAUACACUUCUUUUUGUCAUAAUGUGAAUUCUUUUCAUCAUUUCCUAAAACAAAAUGUGCCAUGUUUUGAGUAAACACGUUAAAUUUUGACUAUUUUAUACAAUAAAACCUCGUUGGCUCAAACUCGCUUGGCUCGAAUUCCACGAUGGCUAGAUUUGGAUUUAAAGGACCGAAUUCUUAAUACUGAAUGUAAGUAAUUACGCUUGGCUCGAAUUUUCCGAGGCUCGAAGUAUUUUCGCCGGGACCUUGGGAGUUCGAUCCAACGAGUUCCGACUGUAUCUACAUUUUUCUACAGAAGUUAUAUACUGAGACAUAGGACGGUUUGGUAAAGAAUCCCAGCUCUCAAAAAAUGAUAAAAAUGAUAUGCUUAUAUAGCUACCUACCUACCAUUUUUUGAAGAUGUUAGUUAGCAGAUCAAAUAACUGUUUUAUUGGCCUUACCUGUGCAGAAACAAGGAAAGUUAAAAAUGGAGAUUAAUUGUUGUUAAGCAGAUAAUUAUUAAUUAAUGAAAAAGUUUUAUUACAGCUGUAAUGUGUAAAGAGGCUCGCUCACAUAGUUGGUUUGGUGGCAUUUGAGUUAUUCGUUUGAAAAAAAUUUGGGGGAAAUUCUGGAUUCAAAUAAAUCAAAACAGUUUAUAAGCAGACGGAAAAAAAUGUCAUGUUUUCCAAAAAACACGACUCUAGUGUUUUUAAAAAUAUAUAUAUAUUGAUGACGAAAUGUUCACACAAAACUUAAAUAUUCAGUGCUUGGGCUAAACGAACAUGUGAGGCGAGUCUUUGAUAUGACUAACCAGUCGGAACUCCUCGGCCAUUUUUACCGAAAACAACCAUGCCGUAUGCCGGUACAUCAGUAGAAGCAGUAAAAUUUUGAAUUAUAUUAUUAAUUGAAUGUAGUGUUUUUAUCUAUAUUUUUUUAGAUCUUAGUUUAAAUUGAUUGCCGUUGAAGUGUUUUGUUGCAAAAAUAAUUAAGAUUCACCAGAGUUAAGUCAUUAAAUUUAACUAUUUAAUUGAAAUAACUUCGUGAUCAACUUGUAGUGCACUUAAAAUGUACCGAUUUCUGACUUUGUAAACCGUCCAUAUACAUCCGAGGUUGUUUUCGAUAAAAAUGGCCGAGGUGAUCCGAAUCUGAUGACUAACAAAUUAUAAAGGGAAACAACUGUGUUUAAUAAACUGUAUCCUUCAUUCGAGUUAUUUAGCCUUGUAUCGUAAUUUUAUAAGCAGAAAAGGAUCGAUAUUGAACGCAAAAGAAAACAACUUGUCAUAUUUACAAAAAAACACACACAGCUGUAGUCAUUUUCGUUAAAUUAUUGAUAACGAACAUUUCACACCAAAUUAAGAUAUUUAGUGACAUGAUAUGUGUGACUGAUUCUUUAAAAUGAUCACUAGUCUUUUAUUUUCCGAAGGGAAAUAACUGUGUUUAAUAAAAAUGUAUUA